UAUACCCUUUCGAGAUAUCGAUAUCUAAUAUUACUGGUCAAUAAAAAUCAUAUGAUUAUUAAGGGUGUAGCAAACUAGCAAAUUACAAGUAGUGGUAGACUUCUAUUUAGAUUAUUUUAUACGAAAGUAAUAGAAGAUAACUUUGACAAAAAAAAAUGAAGAUAUGUGGACCUAAGUAUGCCCUAUGUGGCCUGAUAUUAUCUACUUGGGGUAUAUUCCAAUUACUCCUGAUGGGAAUAUUCUUUUACUACAACAGUGUAGCUUUAAUAGAAGACCUUCCGUUGGGAGAACAGACUUUUAAUAAACCUACAGAUUUUUAUGCUGUAGCAGAGAGGGGUUAUAAACAAAAUGCAUAUAAUUGUUGGAUUGCAGCUUGUAUCUAUGUCCUUACAUUCUUAUUUUCUGGACAUCAAUUUUAUAUAAAUUCUAGAUCAUCUUUAAGCGUUUAAAAUAUUAUUAGCAUGUGAAUACAAUAAAUAAAAGUACAUAUAAGUAUAUAGUAUAGUGAUACAUUAUAAAUAUAAACAGGAAUUUAGGAAUAUGCUAAAUACAAAUUUCAAUAACAGAUUUUUUGAUUGCAUUCUAAUAUUAAGAAUUUGUGUUUAUUUAAAGAACAUAUAAUAAAUUAUACUACAAUAUAAGUGUGUAAAAUAGAA